UGUCCACACAAUCAUCACAGUGGUAUACUUAAUGCUGGUCAAAGUACGUGCCACAUAUCACGUUUUUGCUUCACGGCCACGCACGGUUCGUUAAUACUAAUGUUUAUUUAACCGCAUUCGGCACAUAAAAAUACUUUUCUUUUGAAUAAUAAAAUUUUUAUAACUCGUGUAAUUGCUUAUUGUGAAUCAAACAUAAACGCGGAAGAGAGAACGUCUUGAAGUAUAAUGGGCUUCUACUUCAAGAAUAUUGAUCGCAAUGAAAUAUGUAACAAUAUGGAUGACAAUGAAACGUUGCAACACAUCAGGAAGCCCAGUUUUAUUCCCUGUAACAACAAAGGGUGCAGCUGGACAGGAUCAAGUUUACACUUAGGGGAGCAUCUACAAGAAUGUCGACACUCCAUUGUAACGUGUCGACACCGUGGAUGUAAGAUGGAGGUUCAAGAAAGUUCUGCUGCAGAGCAUGAAGAAUCAUGUCCACAUAGAAUUGAAGUUUGUAAAUACUGCGGACAUCAGUACAAGCUUCGUUUUAAACAGCAACACAUGUCUUCUGCAAAGCACACGUUACCAACUUGCGCUUAUUGUAAUGAAGAAUUUGAAUAUAUUGAUCUAAAAGAGCACGAAAGCACGUGCUUAUUUCGACCAAUGGAAUGCGAUAGCUGCAAGGAAACGUAUCAUUUGAAAAACAAAAAUGAACAUCAUGAAACUUGUAAAGAAAAAGUAAAAUGUUGCCAUUUAUGUGGAAAAAAAUACAACAACAGAGAAAGUCACAAAUUAUCUUGUGAAGAAUUUCCUGUAUUUUGUGAGGAUUGUGAUGUUGAAACAACGAGAAGAGAGUUAUCUCAACACAGAUUGCAGGAAUGUCAAUACAGAUUUGCUCCGUGUGAAUUCGAACAUUGUGGUUGCACAGAACUAAUAAACAUCAACGAAUACAACAAACAUAUGGAAGAAGCUCAAAAGAAGCAUAUGAACUUACUUAACCAAGCUUUUCAAGCGUAUAAAGAGGACAUGGAGCAAAGGUUAAACGAGUUAAGACAAGAAAACAUGGAGUUGAAGGAUAACCAAUUCUUUUCUUUUCAGCAAGACAUUGAUGAGAAGUUGAUAAUAAUUGAAAAUAAAAACAAAGUUGUGGAGGAAAAAAUUCAAAAAAUUGAUUCUGUGUUGACAGAAGCAUGCAAGAUGAAAGCAAAAUGUAUAAUACUAUGACUUGUUUAUUUCUUAAUUUGUGAAAAGCAUAGCUCAUCCUUGUAUGCCAUGGUUUUGCAAUAUUCUAGCUUGGUUUUCGGUAAAGAAUUUCGUUAUCAUACAACUUUCCAGAAUCAAACGACUAUCGAAAGAUAUUAUGUUGCAGGACAGUCUUAUACAUGCCGUGUGAAACAGUCAAACGACUAAUUAGAAAUCAAACAAAUAAUGUGUACAAAGCAGAACAAGAAGUAACAGAGCAGUUGAAUGGCGUGAAAAUGGUGUUUUCAAAGUUGCAUAUAUCGUGCGACCUAUAAAACAAGUGGCAUGUCGUGUCGUGGAAAUAGAAUUCUUAAUUUCUACGAUUGUCGUGCGACAAAAUGUUGCACUAUAUUUUAUAUAUUGUACGACAAGUGUUGCUAAUGCCUUCAGAGUAAUGACUCUCACAUGACAAAAAUCCAUUUAUUUCACGUGAAAUCUCAUCCUGGGAUGAGUUUCGUUCCAGGACCAGUUCAACCCUGCCUCUAGUGAAAAUCCUCGUAAAGUUUACGCGUUUCAGACAGAAUGAAAUCUCAUACUGGGAUGAGAUCAAGAAAAAAUGGAUGAAAACACUUUUAAUUGAUUUCAUCCUGGGAUGAAAUCAGAAAGAAAACGCGUGUAAACACAAUAUUUUUUUCAUUCCGGGAUCAGAAUGCUGAAUGCAUACUUUUUCACUUUCUUGAACAUGAUUUUAAAUAUAGGAGCCAUAAAAACAUUUCGUUCUUUCUUUUCGUGAUGAUAAAAGCAAAAAAAAAACACUUGAGAUUAAAAAAAAUAUGAAAAGGUUGUUUUUAACUUCCUUUGUUAGUUUAUGUACCUUUAAAAUUUUUUUUUUCAAUAAAAAGUGAAAGUUCAUUUCAUCAUAAAUUUAUACCAGUUAAACCAUUAUUUGAUCAUUAUUUAUUGUGCUUUUAUUCUUAGGCACCAUCAUUCUGCACUUCUUGUUUGACUUUUGUACUCACAAAUUACUUCAAAUUAUCAUACGCAAAGUUAGCAAAAUUAACGAUUUAUUACAGGAUAAGAUCACUCAUCCUGGGAUCAAAAUAUGUUGAUUUUAUCCCGGGAUGAGGCUCAUAUGUAAACCCUUUUUGUUUCAUCUCAGGAUGAGUUUCAUCUCGGAAUGAGUAUUUAUCCCGCCUGCGCGUAAACAUGGUCUUAUUUCUUUCUUUUAGUUUUUUUUCAUUUUGCAAAUAUCCCCACACACUCGCAACUCUUUUGCAGGUUACACUUUGGUUAUAAAUUUAACUAAAUGUUGUGUCUAUUCUUUAUUUUUUGUUGGCUAGAUUGUAAUUAUUUACCAUAGAAUAAGAGGUCAGGAUAUUCUUCACGUGAUUGCAGUUUUGAAAUUAUUUUACUUACCGUAAAAAAUCUUUGUACUCUCUUUAUAUUCUGCUAAAUGAGUCUCCAGCUGACUCUAGUAGCAUUUCCAACUUAUCAUUGAUACUUCAUGAUCAAUCAUUGAUGUAUAUUUGUAAUUUUUUAUUUGAUGAACGAGUUUA